CUCUCUAGGGGAGACCAACUGGGAAAAGACGUUGAGGACCAAAGGUCCAAAGGAAUCGUCAACCCAUCUGUCUCCGUUGCUCGCAAACUCUUUUGCUGAUGCGGUCGUGUAACGAAUCGAUACAACUAAAAUCUUACACAGCGUCCCUGAUAGAUUUUUUAUGGUUUUGAGAAUGAAGGCGAUGGAGUCCAUAAAGGAUCUAAUCGAGGAGGCUAAAAUUCGAACGGUUUGGUGGGCUCUGUGUAUCUUCGCCGUUUCGUACUUCUUAUCGCAUACAAGUAAAUCAAUGUGGAUGAAUGUACCCAUAGCAAUUCUGUUUGUUUCUGCACUGCGCAUUCUUUUUAAUGAGGUUGAUUUCCAUUGGAAGGAUCGAUCAGUUCGCCUACGAACAUAUUUAUCUCAUUUGGAGAAGAAGCAGUUGUCCGUGAAUGAUUCAAGGCUUUCUACUGUGCCUCCCCCUCCAAAAUGGAAAAGGAAAAUCGAUUCUCCUGUUGUUGAGGCUGCAAUGAAUGAUUUUAUUGAUAAAAUAUUGAAGGAUUUUGUAGUGGAUUUGUGGUAUUCAGAAAUUACACCGGACAGCGAGUUCCCUCAGCAUAUACAUGCCAUAGUCAUGGACGCUCUUGGUGAAAUUUCGGGAAGAGUUAAAGAGUUAAAUCUUGUUGAGUUGCUUACAAGGGAUAUAGUUGAUUUAAUUGGGAAUCACUUGGACACUUUCAGAAGGAACCAAGCUGCUAUAGGUGUUGAAGUUAUGGAAACACUGUCUUCUGAGGAGAGAGAUGAGAGAUUGAAACACCAUCUUAUAGCUUCUAAGGAGCUUCAUCCAGCAUUGAUAUCUCCUGAGAGUGAGUACAAGGUUCUUCAAAGGCUGAUAGGAGGAGUAUUGGCUGUGGUACUAAGACCACGAGAAGCUCAGUCUCCUUUGAUUCGAUCCAUUGCUCGGGAACUAGUAACAUGCCUAGUUGUGCAACCAAUUAUGAAUUUUGCAUGCCCUGCGUACAUCAAUGAGUUGAUCGAAUACCUUUUGCUUACUGCUAAAGAUGACAGCCUUAAAGGGAGGAGUAGUUAUCAUUCAACCAAUGAGGCAACUCAUCCUCAUGAUCAUCCUCUUGCAUCAGGGGGUGUACAGGAUGUGGAUUCUACCUCAAGGAAGCAUUUAUCCUCUAAUCAAGGGACUGAUAUGACAAUGGCUAAAAUUGGCAAUCAAAGAGAAACAUCCUUGGAUUACAGCACUGAAAAGCCUACGAAAUACCGGUCUGCUGAUUGGGCACGGAUGCUGGCGGCUGCAACCCAGAGAAGAACUGAAGUUCUUGCCCCUGAAAAUCUUGAGAACUUGUGGACGAAAGGAAGAAAUUAUAAAAAGAAAGAGCAGAAGAAUAUUAAAGUAGGUUCUCAAGCUCCUAUAGGAAAGGGUUCUGGAAUAAAUUGUGCUGUAUCCAGUAAAGACCUGGGAAAGGAAAUGUUAGCCAACAGGCAUGAAAUGCCUAUGGGAACAGAUGAGGUGGGUAUAAAGCAGCUAAGUCAUCGAUUAAGUGUUGAGGAUAUGUUAAGUGACGAGAAUGAAGCUGAAGAAGCUUUCUCUCAAGCUCCUAACAAGGAAUUCUAUUUCGAGGGAGGGAAUACUCUUGAUGUGUUGGAGCAUACUAGUAGUCUUGUAACUGAUGGAAAUAAACAUCCGCUCAAGAGAUCUAAUAGCACUUCUGCUUUGAUACCCCAACCUGAUACAGAGAAGAAAUCAAAAGGAGGACAUGGAGGGCUCAUUGUUUCUGAGUUCUACGGCCCCAGUUUCGGCCAGCACAGUGGAGAGUAUAGUGGUAAGACUGCUUUGGAUGUGGUGCUUCGCAGUGAAGAAGAACAAGUUCCCAAGCUCAAGUGCCGGGUCAUGGGAGCAUAUUUUGAGAAACUUGGGUCAAAAUCUUUUGCAGUUUAUUCAAUUGCAGUGACAGAUGCAGAAAAUAAGACUUGGUUUGUCAAAAGAAGAUACAGUAAUUUUGAGCGAUUGCAUCGGCAUCUUAAAGACAUUCCUAAUUAUACACUACAUUUGCCUCCGAAAAGGAUAUUCUCAUCAAGCACAGAAGAUGCUUUUGUUCAUCAGCGCUGCAUUCAGCUUGAUAAAUAUCUGCAAGAUCUCCUGUCAAUAGCUAAUGUUGCUGAACAGCAUGAAGUGUGGGAUUUUUUGAGUGUGUCCUCUAAGAAUUACUCUUUUGGGAAAUCUUCCUCAGUGAUGAGAACCCUGGCAGUCAAUGUGGAUGAUGCGGUGGAUGAUAUUGUUCGUCAAUUCAGAGGAGUUUCAGAUGGAUUGGUGCGUAAAGUUGUUGGUCCAUCACCCUCUAACGAAGCUUCUUCAGCAACCAUCAGGAACUUGCCCUGGAAUGUGGAUGAGAUAAAUAGACACAUUGCAAGUCAUUAUUCUGUAGAAACUACGAGUAGUUUUUCUGAUAAUGAUGAAGGCCACAAGGAUGAGAAUGAUUGCCGUGAGGAAGUUAAUAGUGUAAAUGCUAGUGGGUGGCAUUCGGACAAUGAAGUGAAUUCGAAGAGUUUUCCACCUCGGGUAAUCAAACAUAGCAAAGAGCCUAUGAACUCAAGUUCUGAGAAGAGACAUGAUUUAAUGGUGAAAUCUGGAAUACGCGGAGGUGGAUUUCCAGUAAGAAGUCUCCCUUUAAUCUCAGAUCAGUUGGAGGACCCAGUUGGAAUGCCCCCCGAGUGGACUCCACCUAACGUCAGUGUUCCUCUGUUGAAUCUAGUCGAUAAUAUAUUUCAGCUCAAGAGAAGAGGCUGGCUGAGGAGACAGGUUUUUUGGAUAUCAAAACAAAUAUUACAGUUAAUAAUGGAAGAUGCAAUUGAUGACUGGCUCUUGAGGCAGAUUCAUUGGUUGCGGAGUGAUGAAAUUAUUGCUCAAGGGAUUCGAUGGAUUCAAGAUAUUCUCUGGCCCGAUGGCACAUUCUACCUAAGAGUACGGAACACUCCAAGUAACAAUGAUGAUGCCGAACCUCAUCAAAAACCUUUUCAAACUACAAAUCAAUUUGGUGGCAGUAAGGUCUCCUCAUUGGUGUCUUUUGAACAACAACUUCAGGCCGCUCGCCGAGCAAGUGAUGUCAAGAAAAUGUUAUUUGGUGCUUAGGAUUUUACUAGAGGCUUCUCAUUAUGGGAUUGUUUCAACACCAAAGAUUUGUAGAAUCUCCGGAGCUCAAAUCUUGAGGCUAUACAUUAUGGUUUCUAAGAUUAGCCUUUCUUUGUAACAUCAAAUUUUAUAUGUUAUUUUAUUGUUUUUCCUAUCUGGUUACGUGCACAUCUUAUACCAGAUAACUAAAUUGUGGCUCUACUUUGGAUAUUUGGCAAUAGCAAAACUGCUCUUACGUAUUGCUCAUAAUUGAAGGGGAAACUUCAGACUACAUUAUAAGCUAAUAGGACUAAGAAUUGGCAAUAGGUAUAUAUGCAUGUCACUGUGUUUCAUCUAUGGUAUUGUUAGAUUCCUCACGAGUCUUGUGCUUUUUCUUUUAUUUUUCAUUGCCUUGUCAUGAUCUCUAUGAAGAGGACCAAUUAUGUUAAUCAAGCCACUAAGAGCCCCACCCUUGUCUUAGCCCCACCAAAGAACUGUAGACAUGCGAGUAUGGCAAAAUGUUAAAUCAAAGAAAAAAUGUCUCUUUUUUUAUAGGUAAAAUAAAUAGAGAAAAAAAAAAUGCUAAAAGGAAGAGACUUCCGUGGGGAUUGUAAGUGCUGAACAUAAGAUCUUAUAGAGCAUGCUCUGAUAACAUAUUGAAGGACAUAUUAUCUUGAGGUUUAGAUAUUAGGAAAUAGGCAAACUACUCUUAGCAAGCUUGGCACAGACUAGUAACGUGAACAGAGUUAUGUGAUGAUGA